AUUGCUUGGAAAUGUCAAAGUAGAAAACCCCUCUUCCCAAGUAUACUCAAAUUCAGGCACCCACUGCUGCUUCCCAGUCACCCACUCCCAAGUUGCUUCCUUUCUUGUAUAUAAACAAAGCCAACUCAGUUUCUGCAAUCAAUUCUCUCCCCCAGAGCACCUUCAAAUCUGAAGGACCCAAUGCUUUUUCUUGAUUGUCAGGGAUGCUGCUCCAAGACUUUCAAUGGAUUUGGUGUGUGUUUUCAAAGGCCUAUGCUCAUAGAUUGUGAUCCUCAUGUCCUCAUUUUUUCCAUUUAGUGCUGCAAACCAUUACAAGAAGAUCGGGAGAUACGAUACUGUUUGCAAUUAUUAAUUGUAUGCGAAGUGUUGUUGAAUCUGUGGAAGCCUGAGAGUCAUUGAGGAACAAAAAUGAAUACACGUAGUAUGUUGGAUAUUGUUUUAAGUGAUAUACUUCAGGUGGUCACUCCCUUACAAGAAGAUUGGGAGAUACGGUUUGCAAUUAUUAAUGAUCUGCGAAGUGUUAUUGAAUCUGUGGAAAGCCUGAGAGGAGCAACUGUUGAGCCAUUUGGGUCAUUUGUAUCUAAUCUCUUCACACGAUGGGGUGACUUGGAUAUUUCAAUUGAGUUAUCAAAUGGUUUGCAUAUUUCAUCUGCUGGGAAAAAGCAAAAACAAACUUUAUUGGGGGAUAUUUUAAAAGCUCUGAAAAUGAAAGGUGGAGGGAGCAACUUGCAGUUCAUCUCCAAUGCACGAGUUCCCAUUUUAAAAUUUAAAAGCAACCGGCAGGGUAUAUCUUGUGAUAUUUCAAUCAAUAAUCUUCCGGGCCAAAUGAAAUCAAAGAUUUUGCUUUGGAUCAACAGGAUAGAUGGCCGCUUUCAUGAUAUGGUUUUACUGGUCAAGGAAUGGGCCAAAGCACAUAAAAUCAAUAACUCUAAAGCUGGAACUUUCAACUCCUAUUCCCUCAGUUUACUUGUAAUCUUUCACUUUCAGACGUGUGUUCCUGCAAUUUUACCACCACUUAAAGAUAUAUACCCUGGCAAUAUGGUUGAUGAUCUUAGAGGUGUCAGAGCUGACGCAGAAAAUCUUAUUGCAGAAACAUGUGAUGCUAAUAUAAAUCAGUUCAUAUCAGUCAAGUCAAGGCCAAUUAACAGAAAAUCUUUGCCUGAACUUUUUGUUGAAUUCCUAAGAAAGUUUGCUCAGAUGGUUUCAUGGGCCUCAGAGCUGGGACUUUCCCCACAUACUGGACAAUGGGAGCAGAUAAAGAACAACAUGAGAUGGUUACCCAAGACUUAUGCAAUAUUCGUAGAGGAUCCUUUUGAGCAGCCACAAAAUACUGCCAGAUCUGUCAGCACAGGACAAAUGAAAAAGAUAACUGAGGCAUUUUUAAGGACAUACAGCUUACUUACCUCAAAAAAUCAAAAUCAAGUUUCACUUUUGACCAACUUAGCUUCACCACAAGUAUCAAGAUUUAACACAAAACCUGUUGUUAUCCGAAAUUACAGUGGCAGUUACUUUCCCCCAACCCAGCCACAAGUGCAGAGAGUUAUUCGCCCACGAUUACAGUCACGUCAUUUUCAAAAUGCCAAUAAUCAAGAAACAAGCUCCAACAGUUCAUCUUCAAAAGGACAUGUACAGGUGCAUAAAGGCCAUCAGAUGUGGAGGCCAAAGAUUCAAAAGCAAACUCUAUUACCCUAAAAACAUCAUCAUGGUUUUAGUUGUCAACAGGUUUUAAGUUUUAACUGUUGCCUUCGCCCUUUUAGUUUGCUUGUUAACACAAGUGAUUGGAAGAAUGGGAUUUUGAUUUUUUUGUGCCUCCGGGGAUCAAAAAGUGAUUAACCCGUAUGGACAUUACAUUGAAAUGUAACAACUCUUCUGUACUUACGGUAAUAUUUGGAGCAUGCAAGAGUUUGCAGUGUGAAACUUUGCAUAUGAAAUAAAUUAUUGAUUUGCUUGUUUAUCAAGUCUUAUUAUAGUAGCAUUAGUAA